CGACUGACGGGCUAGUGAUAGGAAACCUGGAGACCAGGAGAUCUUGCAGAUCAAACUCAAUGGCAGGAACGGGGGCCUGCUGCAAAGUGAUUGAGUACCAAGGUGUGAGUUGGUUCACCUCUGUGUGUCUCUGGCCAGCCGGUUGGACUCUUCCUCCUAUUACACUGGGUUGGGAUGGCCAACAGCUGGGGAAGCCUCUUGCAGGAUGAGCAGCAGCUGGAGGAGCUGGCACAGCAAGCCGUGGACCGGGCCCUGGCUGAGGGAGUGUUGCUGAGGACCUCACAGGAGCCCAGCUCCUCAGAUGUGGUGAGCUAUGCCCCAUUCACGCUUUUCCCCUCGCUGGUCCCCGCUGCCCUGCUGGAGCAGGCCUAUGCUGUGCAGCAGGACUUCAACCUGCUGGUGGAUGCUGUCAGCCAGAACGCUGCUUUUCUGGAGCAAACUCUCUCCAGCACCAUCAAACGGGACAACUUUACUGCUCGUCUCUUUGACAUCCACAAGCAAGUCCUGAAAGAGGGCAUUGCCCAGACUGUCUUCCUGGGCCUGAAUCGCUCAGACUACAUGUUCCAGCGCAAUGCAGAUGGCUCCUCAGCCCUGAAACAGAUUGAAAUCAACACCAUCUCUGCCAGCUUUGGGGGCCUGGCCUCCCGGACCCCGGCUGUGCACCGACACGUCCUCAAUGUCCUGAGUAAGACCAAAGAAGCUGCCAAGAUUCUCUCCAAUAAUCCCAGCAAGGGACUGGCCCUGGGGAUCGCCAAAGCCUGGGAGCUGUACGGCUCAGCCAACGCCCUCGUGCUACUGAUUGCUCAGGAGAAGGAAAGGAACGUAUUUGACCAGCGCGCCAUAGAGAACGAGCUACUGGCCAGGAACAUCCAUGUAAUCCGGCGAAGGUUUGAAGAUGUUUCUGCAAGGGGAUCUCUGGACCAAAACAGAAAGCUGUUUAUGGACGGCCAGGAAAUUGCUGUGGUUUAUUUCCGGGAUGGCUACAUGCCGAGUCAAUACAGUCUGCAGAACUGGGAAGCACGCCUGUUGCUGGAGAGGUCAUGUGCUGUCAAGUGCCCAGACAUUGCCACCCAGCUGGCUGGCACUAAGAAGGUGCAGCAAGAGCUGAGCAGGGCGGGCGUGCUGGAGGCGUUGCUCCCUGGCCAGCCGGAGGCCACGGCCCGCCUCCAGGCCACCUUUGCUGGCCUCUACUCACUGGACAUGGGUGAGGAAGGGGACCAGGCCAUCACUGAGGCCCUUGCUACUCCUAGUCGGUUCGUGCUAAAGCCCCAGAGAGAAGGUGGAGGUAAUAACCUCUACGGGGACGAAAUGGUGCAGGCCCUGGAGCGGCUGAAGGACAGCGAGGAGAGGGCCUCCUACAUCCUCAUGGAGAAGAUCGAGCCUGAGCCUUUUGGGAACUGCCUGCUGCGGCCUGGAAGUCCUGCCCGAGUGGUCCAGUGCAUCUCAGAGCUAGGCAUCUUUGGGGUCUAUGUCAGGCAGGGAAAGACAUUUGUGAUGAAUAAACACGUGGGACAUCUGCUUCGAACCAAAGCCAUCGAGCAUGCAGAUGGUGGCGUGGCCGCAGGAGUGGCCGUUCUAGACAACCCAUACCCUGUGUGAGGGCACAUCCAGGCCCGCCCAGACUUCGCGCAAGAGACCUUCUAUCCCUCGUACUUGUUAUUCCUCUUGAGUCCUGAGAGGGGCUUCUCUCCCCCAACCUAGGGAGGACUGGUCUCUUCUAGAAAACUCCAGGGUCUUCACAGUUUGAAUCCUGGGUACCUCCCAUUCGAGGACCAGAAAAGCUGUUUCCCUUAGGUGAGAUGUAGAAUCUCCUAAAUCCUGAGAAUGGGUACAGCGGAAAGGAAGCUUGUCCCAGGUAAGGGUCAAACCCUGUCACCCUCCUUAGAGUGAGUCCCUCGUUAGCCUUUUCAGCAGGUCCCAGUGCCUGCCUUGGACUGAGGAGGAAGAAGAGGAGCAGGGGGGUGGAAGGGCAUAGCCUUUCUCCACCUCUGCCUUAAAUAAAACUAUAUUUCUGAUUCUGGGA